AUGGAUUCGUUUCAUAUCACGGAGGGUAUGAUGCCGGAAGGUGGACACGACUCCGAAAAGGACAACACCGGAAAGCUCCCCGAGGGUGCGAACAAGUUCCAACGUGCUAUUGCGGCCUGGAGAGGAAUCGACCUAACCAACACCAUCGCGAAAUUGGAUGGCACCGCUUCAGACAUCGUCUCCCAGCAGCGUGAUGCACUCGUCCAGAGGAAAGACUUGGCCCAGAAGACGAAAGAUUUUCGAAAACUCGAUGAUGCGGCUAAACUUACUGAAUACAAAGGACUCCUCAAAGCCUACCAGGGAUUCAUCGACCUCUUGACAAACCAGGGUAAAUCAUCGUCAUCUGCCUUCCUCCAGCUAUACUCGUCCCUAUCCGAAGCUCCCGACCCUUACCCGCUUCUUGAGACAUCGGUGGAUUCCCUCGUUCAUUCCGAAGAGACAGUUCCUAGAUUGACUUCCGAGCGGGAUCAAUUACAAGGAUCUGUGGACCGACUUACCUCCCAACUAGAGGAUACGGAAAAGCGACUGCAAGAGGAACGGGCUGCGAAGAGGAGAUUGGAGGAGAACCAAGAGGCGAAAAUUAAAGAGAUUGAGAAUUCGUGGUCCGCUGUGUUGUCGGAGAAGUCCAAUAACUGGACCGCAAAAGAAAAGGGCCUGGAAGAAAAGGUCGAUAAUCAAGAACGUCUGUUGAAGGAGCUAAAGGCAAGCUAUGAGGUAUCGCAACGCCUUGGCCAGGAGGAUGAUAGCGGUAACGGCUCGCACGAGGGUGCUACUGCUGCAGAAUUAGAGCUGGUGUCUGCCGAUUUGGAAAAGGCUAGCCUCAGACUAGCAGAGGUAGAGGCGCGCAAUGAACAGUUGAUGCUUGAGCUGGCUCAGGCAGUAUCGCACUCGCGGCCAGAGCAGACUACGUCCGUCGAAGACGAUCCCGCAUACCUUCGCCUCCAAUCAGAAAACUCAUCCUUGCUGCGUAAAUUAGACGCAGCACGGUUUGAUAAAGAUUCUGAGCGACAUUUGUGGGAGUCUAGGAUAUCCCAGUCAGAGAGACAGCACGCUAUAGUCACUUCUGAGAGGGACGAGCUACGAACAAGGUUGGAUAAAGUGGCUGAUUAUGAAGACAUCCGCCGCGAGCUGGAGAUGAUUAAGUCUAUUGAAUUCUCGGCGGGUGAUGACGAUGUUGGGGAUCUGAUGGAUACUACGAAUGCUCCCAACGGCGCCGCUGCCAAGCCCAAAGAGGGUUCGAAUAACAACUCUUUGGAGCAGCUCCUGUUGGCCAGAAACAAGAAACUUACUGAUGAGCUCACUCUUCUUCGGGUGUCACAUCGUGACCUUCAAGGGCAACUUGAAACUCUUCGCGAAGACCUUUCCACCACUAAGGGAGAAUUAGAAAAAUCCCAGAAGCUCUCAACAACGUUGGAGAAUGAUCUCCUCAACGUACAGCAAGAAGCUGCAAAUUCCUUCCCGUCGGCGGCCAUGUCAGUUGCCGGCACCUACACCUCGAAGUAUCACUCAUCUCGAAGGGGAGGGGUGUCGCCCACAUCGUCCAUCAUUUCAGGCUUCGAGCAGUCGGCAAAUUCUGCUAACACAAUGGAUUUAAUCCGGGCAGGUGAGCCUGUUGGAGGCGGCUCUGGCAUCAUGCCCAUGAUACAGGCACAGCGGGAUCGGUUUAAAAAGAAGAAUACUGAGUUGGAAGAAGAACUGUCACAGAUGUACGACACAGUCAAGUCCCUGAGGCAGGAGAUUUCAUCUCUCCAGAAGGAUAACCUCAGCCUCUAUGAGAAGACACGUUAUGUGUCAACGUAUAACCGUGGUCCUGGGGCGUCAACAUCUGCAUCUGCCUAUGGUAGUAGGCCGAGUGCAUCCUCUGUUCACCUCUCUACAGAUACACCGUCAGGGCAUUCACUUGACCGCUACCAGUCUGCUUAUGAGGCGCAAAUCUCUCCAUUUGCCGCGUUCCGAGGUCGUGAGUCGACGCGUGCAUAUAAGCGAAUGAGUUUACCUGAACGAAUUGUCUUCUCUCUCACGCGAAUUAUCCUCGCCAAUCGAACCAGUCGCAACCUCUUUGCUGGGUAUUGCCUUGCGAUCCACAUACUUCUCUUCAGCAUGUUGUACGUGAUGAGCGCCAUGGACAUAGAAAAACAUAGCGCGAAUUUGGCGACCGCUGCUGUGGUUGGUGGGACUGGAGCUGGAAGUGGUAGUGGCUAUAGCAGUGGAGAGCAGGUACACGGGGAUGAUUGGCAGCAAGAAGGUUUCAAUCAUGCCGGGUGA